ACCAGGCGACCCUCUACCCUGAGGUUUUCCAUGGAUUGCAGGGAAAGACGUCCCCCCCCCCCACCGCUGCGAAUGAGUGAGUAAUUAUUUUUCCUUUCUUCUUGCAAGGAGAAAGAGCUCUGUCAGCUACGGAAAGAGACACAGCUGGAAAAAAACCAGGCUUUGCAAGAGCUUGCAGAGAGCUUGGAGGAGGCUAAAGUCAGCGCCCUUCGGGAGCAAGCCGUCACCUUCCAGAAGGAGAUUGAAAAUCUUCAAAAGGAGCGAGAGGCAGAAGUCACCCAGCAGCAGGAAACCAUGCGGCAGCAGGCAAUGGCCCUGAAGCUGGAGGCCAAGGAGCUGGUGCAGAAUGCGCUGCUCCAGGAGCAGAAGACGUGGGAAGCCAACACCCAGGCAGCUCUCCAGGCGCAGCGGGAGGCCCUGGGGGAACAGGACCAGAGGAGGUGGGUGGAUCUCCAGAGUGUCCUGGCAAAGGAGAAGAAACUCAACAGUGCUUUGCGGAAUGAAGCUACUGACCUCCGUAGGAAGAUCCAAGGCUUGGUGACCCAGGCCCGUUCGCUUGAGGGUGAGAAAAGAGCGAGCCUGCAAGAGCUCCAGGCUGCCUUGCAGAAGGAGAAAGCCAAAGCUCUUCAGAGACUACGAGAGGAGCUGGAGCAGGAAAGGGUGCAAGAAAGAGACCAAAUGAGAGCCAAGCUGCAACAGAUGGAGGGAGAUCAACAGCACCUGCGGGCAGAAUGCAGCCAGAUGUCCCUCUGCAUGCAGGAAGCUCAGGCCCAGGCUGACCAGGCUGAUCACUGCUUGGCCACGCGGGUCGUCUUGGCGUGUCAGCAGCUCCAAGACCUCCUCCCUGGGAAGGCAGUCCUGCUGCCCCACAUGCUGUACAGGGGCACCAUUCCCCUCUCCUCCGGCGCUGCCCUCCAGGCCCUGCAAGAGGUGAGUGAAGAAAUUCAGAGUUAUGUCCAGGACCUAAACCAUGAGCUGGAGAUGCAGAGGCAGCGCAUCUUCCAGAACCAGAGAGAGAAGGAGCUGGAGAUGAGGCAGCAGGAAGAACAGCUUCGCUGGGAGAGUCAGUCAGUUCUGGAAGCCCUGAAGGAGCAGCUGGUUCAAGAACACAUGGAAGACAUCAUCACCUUGCAGCGCAGCUGGUUGAAGGAAGGACAGGUGAAAGACAAGCCCCCGGUUUGCCCACAACAUCGAGAGGGAGGUGGUGAGCUGCAUCCAGCCCAGAAGAACGUGGCUGAUGGACAAGUCAAGGCAGAUCGCACGCCCAUCAGCCAGCUGGGGGAGGACCUGGACCGGGCGCCAGAGAGAUGUCCAUCCAGCAAUUCCUGCAAGAAUCUGGCGACUCCAGGGUCAGGAGGAGGACGUUCCUCUAUGGGAUGGAGCAAAUCCCUCCCGGCACGCGCGCUCGGCUCCCCCUCCCUAAACACCAGCCCCUUCGUCGGCCAGAGCCACCGGGCCCCCCCACGCUUGCUGCAUCGCCUGCAGCACCGGAUCCGGAAGCUGCGGGCAGAGAACAGCCUUUACUCGGGGGGGGGGGGCAGCCUGGGGAGCUUCCAUGAAGGCAAGGCCCCUGGCUUUGGAGCGCUCACUUUCCGGAUUCCGCAGGAGUAA